AUGCAUGCAGGCAGGCAUGCAUUCAGGCAGGCAGGCAUUCAGGCAGGCAGCAAGCCAGCCAGCCAACCAGCCGGCCAGGCAAACAGACAGAUAGACCCUCUGAUUCAGCGCCGUAAGGAAUAUCUAUAUCUAAUUCCAAUAUCUAAUUCACCGGAGCCGAAUUUGACUGGUUGCCCAGAGGAAUAUGUCGAGAUUCCUGUUCGUGCGCUGGAGAUGAAGACGCGACUGAGGCUGGCAGAAUAUCUGGAUACCAAAGGCAAACUGUUGAAGGUUGAACUCGACAACAUUCAAACUGAGAUUAUGAAUGACUUCACUGGUCUCGUAAAGCUAUCAGGUCAAGAAGGCUGUCGUGAUUUCGUCGAAUUUAAGAAUCAACCAAAAAGUCCGACCAUAACGUUACUCGACCGAUGGAUUGGCCAUGACGUCACAAUUGGUAAAUUCUGGGAAUAUCUGCUGAUUCUUCAACGUCAUGACGUCAUUCAAGAAUGCAGUCCAAUGAUAAUGAGCGAUUGCCAGAAUUAUUUCGACCAAAUAAAGAAUCCUGCCUCGGCUCGGAAGAGACCAAACUAUUAUGGUGAGGAUUUUGUUUAUUUAUAA